AUGGUUCACUUCGUACUGAGCAAUAGUUUCGUCUCUUUCGCCGGAUUCACCUUCAGACAAGUAAACGGAAUACCGCAAGGCAACAACGCCUCUCCAUUUAUAGCAGAUCUUACCUUAACGGCCAUGGAAUACAAUUUUUAUAAUUAACAAUAAAAUCCUUUUCGACAGACGCUUUUUUUCCACGCCGCCAGAUACAUGGAUGACAUAUUCAUAAUUUACGAUAAAAAAAUAAAUUAAACUUAUCCCUAAUCACCAACACACUAUACCAUAACUCAUUGGAACUUAACCAAACCAAUACGGAAACAUAUAAAACCCAAUUUUUUUGGACUUAGAUAUUUCAAUCGAUGAACAAAAAAAUCUUAAGCAAAUUAUAUAACAAAAACGGAUGACUAUAAUUUUUCAAAUAAUCAGAUACCCUCAUCACGACAGUUAUGUAGCUCGAAAUAUUGGUUUCAACACAUUCACUAAUGAAAUUGUUAGAUUCUCUAAAUGCUGCAGUAGAAUAGAAGACUUUAUAGAUAGGACUAUCGAUUGCAUAAAAAAACUUUCAUAUUGAAUCAAUACAAUUUAAACACCUUAAUUAGAAUUUUUGAAAACAAAAACUUUAAAUAGGACUAAAUUCAAAGAAAAAAAUCGGAUUUAGUUUUUGCAAAAAAAUACACAUUUCAUUAUAACUAUCCCUUCUUCACUCUACAUUCCAAAUUUCAACCUCAAUUUUUCUACCUUUAUACUUUCAAUAUAGACUUCCACAAGAACAUAAAUUUAAUCUACCUCUUCGUAACUUUUGACCUCUGCCGACAACAAUCGAUAUCGGAUAUGAAUGACUACAUUUCCCCCUUUUUUUCUCUUUUCCUUUUUCUUCCCCCUUCAUUUAUCAGUUUUCCCUUUUCAAUUUUCCAAACUUUAUUAAUUUAAAACUGCGCCUAGCAAGAGGGUAAAAUGCUGACGAUGGGUCACCCUCUAAGCCGUCCAUUUUUGGGACCCGAAACGGCUGCGCGACAUAAAAUAUUAUCAUCUUUAAACCCUUUCUCCUCUAAGAAAUUUCAGAAAUCCUAAAACCUUUUCAUAGUAAUGUCCUCCUCAUAUGUAUUUUUCUCACCCUUCAUAUUGAUCAAACACACUGAAAUGAUAAUAGUACCAUAUAGAUGCUGCUCUAUCAAUUGCCUUAAGAGAAACUUUGAAAAAACCAAUUUUUUUUUGAGCUUUUUCUUUUUCGCGAGGAAAACACACCGAUGAGAGCCUCAGACGAGCAAUUGACCCGACGCCCAAUCUCGGUCAAGGCGCUUCAUUCGACGAGCAGUUUUAUUUUUUAAGAGAUCUUUGAAGGCUUCUAUCUCGGCUCGCCGAACACCUACAGUACACCUGAUUAUAUCAAUCGAUUCGUCUUAACGUCAGCUUUCUGAUGGUAUAGAUAAUCUAUUGGUAAAAGCUUCAUCCAGAAAUUUCAGACUCGUCUGAGCUUGUCUCUUUUUAUUAUGAUAAGUUAUCCGGGUUUGAGAUAUAUCAUUGAAACCAUCAGAUGAUGCUCUAUCGAUUGAUUAUGGUAUCAUUUAGUUUGGGGCAGAAGCUGAGAUGUAAACUGGCAGUUUUUAAGACGUCAUUCAGGUUGAUUAAAACUCUUGAAGUCCUAUAUAAUUGGAAAGCUUAUGAUAAGAUAAUGCAAUUUUCGCUUCGUGACUUUAUUUUUGCAAAAAGAUAAAUGAAAUUCAAGAGUAUGGUUUAAUUUGUUCUGAAAGUUAAAUAGCGUUUCAUUUGUGAUUUAUCUGAAAAAAAAGAACUUUUUAUUACGAACACAUAUAACACAAAAAAGUCCGAAUUACGCAUAAUUCGUCGAGAGUUGUAAUGCAUCGCCGAAGCCGGUACUCACGCGAAUAUGUUACAGAUCCAAGACGAAAGUUCAGCUUCUCUCGUUACUUCAAGUAGCUCAAAAAUAUGGAUUUUUUGGCAUUCUCAACAUUUUCAAGCUAUUUGACUCGUCUACGCCCUCUCUUUCCCCAGUUGAGAGGUUAUGGAAACAUGGAACAGCAUUACAAAACGAGAGUGUCGAUGAGGAAAGAGAAAGCUCAAAGAGUAAUCGGCUAACCUUCAAUUAAAAAUCGCCUACUACCCAAAAAACAAGGAGCAAGUUGGUUGAAAUAGGGUCGAAUUGAUAUUUCGCCGCAAAUCGUUUCAGGCUUCGUCACGCUCCUAAAGAGCAUUAAUCAUUGCCGAGUCAGUCAGAAAAGUGACUUUUUUUUUUCCUUUUUCCACCUGACUUAAUCAACCGAAAUCAAAAUCAGAUUGUUCCCCAUGGCAACUCUAUUCCUUCGCCCCGCCUCCUUGAAAAAAUAUCUGCGUGAGCAAUCCAUUCUUCUUAGUCUUCUUCUGAAAGUCAACUUUCUAGUCUUUCUCAUGAAAUUAAGAUCUUAUAACGCUGUUCAGUUUUUUAUCUUCAUUUUUUCACUUAUCUUUUCCAAACGCGCUUAAAAACAUUUUCAAGUCCAAUGAACCACUGAGCUGGAGACAAACUACUUCUCAGCUCCUCAUACUCCUCAACAGCCCACUUGAGGGGUUUCAGAGAAACCGCUGCUACUAAAGGAAUUCACUUUGACUAGUUCCCUUAAAUUACCACUCGAAAUCCAAUCUUCAUAAACUCCCAAAAGGAAAGUAUCUUAAAUAACCAUUCUGUGAAAUUGAAAAAAGAGAUACCCGCAGAAAAUAAUUGGGGAAUACGAAGCAACAUGAGUUCAUCUUUCUGCUUUUCUUUGCUAUUCCAAGAUGUCGAACACAACUAUUUCGAAAAAAAAGAAAUAAAAAAUCUGCGACCUCACACAUGAUUGCUUUUGAUGAACACGGCAAGGAAUCCAAUUAAAAAAAGACCCCGCUGUUUCAUUGGAGCGAGAAUGAUUGCGCCGAAAGCUAAACUUGGAGCUCGUCUUGGUUUUUGAUGAUUCAUCGUAUUGACUAAAAAAAAAGUUUUUGAUUAACGUUCGAUCGAAACAGAAAAUAACUCGUCAUAUAACUAAAACGUCGUAGACGAACCGAAAAACCAAGCCCAUUUUCUGGAAAACGCCACCUCGCCAUUAUCACAAACCUACUACCAAUAUUUCUUUCUUCGGCCGAUCCAAAAAUGAAACAGCCGAGAAAAAUGGUCUACUCAGGAGAUCCUCGACGUCGGGCGAGAAGACCGACCAAAAUCCAGGUCACGCCCUCCGCAAUUAGGUUCCCUUUCCUUCGAACACGAGAGCGGCGCCUCGUCCUCCGCCAUCCUUCGGCCCCAACUCACUUUAGUUCGAAAAAUGGUAAUUUGAAUGAUGAAUUCAUAGUAAAUGAUAAUCCAGGCGCGCUCCGAAGUGUUUCCCUUCUGGAUGAAGGCGUGGCUGUUCGCCUCGGCGGUCAUCUGCGCCGUCGACGUCACCUUCACCAUGUUACGACCUUAUACUAACGAUCCCAACAACGUCCUAUCCUACACAGUCUUCUAUGGAUGUGGGUUCCCUCGAACUUUAAGGACGAUCGAAACUUUUUUUUAUGCUUUCAAAACUUUUUGAGAAAAUUCUGAACCUUUUUUUAGUUGAAGUGAGAACCUAUGGGCUAUUUCUUUUCAAAAACUAUCAUAUCUUACAAAAAAAAUCCAAAUAAUAUUUAAAGAAGUUGAAAAAAACCGCUUUAAAAAAUACUGAUUAGUAUUCAAGUGACAUUCUAGAACUUGAAAAUAAAAACAAAAACUAGAGCUUUAAUGACAAAAUUGACGUUGGAAAUGAAGACCCAGAAGACGUGAAAAAAAGUUCGACGAACCGAAUAAAAAUUCCUUGCAAAACAUGGUAAUCUAAAAAAAAAUGUUUGAGUCUAAAAGUUCCUUUUCUUUCAACCCAAUCGCUUUCUUUUUCAAUUUUUUGACUUUGCUUAAACACACUAGAGUAUCAUUCUUCCAAAUCCAGCUCUAAAAAAUUCCCUAAAACCAUUAGGAACAAGCUUUUUUGGUCUUUUGAAUUAAUGGGUACCUUCAGGGAACCUCUACGCGUCCGUUGAUAUCCGUUAUGCGGACACCAACGAUUUGGUUACGUGUUCUACUGGUCGAGUCAUGCUCGGGGAGAUCAUUCUCAACUUUAUCGCGCUUUAUUUGGUAAGUGACCAUUUUCUCAACUUCUAGCUACAAAGCGAAGUAAAGAUUAAGAACGAACUUUUUUUUUAAAAUAGAAAUUCAUUUGAAUAUUUAGGCCAAGAAAAGAUCUCGACACGCGGUGCUGACCGCCUUCGUCUCCUCAGUUAUGGUGUUCUGGAAGACCGUCUGGUACUUCUCCCUGUACAUACAACCGCCUCCGGGAAAUCCCUCAAAGUUCGCCGAGGACAAAUCUCUAUUAUCCGUCUUCCUCAUCUUUUUCCUUCCCAAUGGUAAGAAUAAUGGUACAAAUUCUAGAAGCCUGCAAAAAUGGCAAUAUUUCAGUCUUCUGGGUGAUUCUCCCGUUCGCCUGCAUUGUCGCUCUCUGGCCUAGGCUGGCCCUACCAUUGGAAUUCGAGGACCAGUGAGUUAGAUUCAACCCGUUUGUCACAGAGCUCAUAUAGUCUGUGUGCCAUGACUUGAAAUUUCACCGAACGACAUUCAGCUGUUACGCUGCGUCGCGAAGCGUCUUUGCGAGCCUCGGUCUCGCUUUGAAUUAGUUCUCAUUUCUGAUAGAUGAACUGUUCCACUAGGAACACGUGUUGGUCGAGUUCUUAAGUAAAAUGAAAAAUUAAAGGAAGGCACGCAGCGGUACAGCGGAAUGUCGUUCGGUGAAAUUCCAAGUCGUGGUACACAGAAUAUAAUGCGUUCCCGGCUAGCUUGGGACGAGAAUAAACAGACGUAAAAAGCUCUUUCUUUUUACAAUCUUUCAAAAAAAUUCAUCAAAAACUGUCUCAAGUCAACUGUGAAUAAACCAUCAAGAAACCCCGAAAGAUUUUCAGUUUUGAAAAAAAAAAAUCAAAAACUCUCUGAAUUUUCAAUGUGUCGAUGUUCCAUUUUUCAAACUUCAUUUUUUUGCUUGAGGUCAAGCGGCGAAUAGAGUAUCAUUUCUUUGCAUUGAUAAUCUGUCAAAAAAAAUUUCUGAGCUUUACUACGGCCCAAAAGGUUAAUUUCUCAUUAAGAAAGCAUAAAUGCCGCAAAAACUUCAAUAAAAUUAGUUUAAACCUCUUUGGAAAUUCCUAAAAGUUGAAUAUUGGCACCUUUCUGUACCUAUAAAGACACCAUAUCACGAAAAAGAAACAAUAAAAGUUUGCAGACUCAACAACAAUUACGUCAAGGCGGAAGACCGGGAGAAGGCUUAA